AUGUCUGCUAUGCUUCCUGAAGCUGGCAACUUGAUUAAGGAGUUCAACUUACCCAAGAAGAAGGCUGACAAGGUCCUUAGCAGUGCUGAAGAGGAUAUACAAGAACUCACAACUGAUAUCAAGUGGGAGGACCAGAUAACAGUAGCUGAAAAUGGGGAUGGGGACCCAAACAGCAACAAAUUUGAUAACAUGGAAGGGUGGGUUGACACAACAUCUGAGUUGAUGGAUGUUAAGCAUGAAGAGCUACAAACAAACAUACAGCCCAUUAGAUUGCUCCUCAUCAAGCUCCGAAAACUUGCCUACAAAAUGAUUUAUUCAAUGACACUAAUUCUUUCAGAAUGGAAAAUAACCUUGGCCAAGUUGAAGCUAUCAGAAAGAAUCAUGCUCCGCAACGUCUCAAUGUGGUGGAACUCAACCUUUGAUAUGUUGCAAUUUGCGAUCAAGUACUGA